GGCAAUAGCAGUAGCUUUAUUUACAGAUUUUUCGGCAUUUGCAAAGAUGGGGGUUACAGGACUUUGGAGUAUUCUAAGUGAGCUAUGUGAAAGAAAGGAUAUCAAUUAUUUAUGUGAUAAAAGAGUUGCAGUUGAUUUAAGUGGAUGGGUGGUUCAGGCUAUUCAGUGCAAAGGCUUGAACACAGUAAAAAAUCCUCAUCUGAGAAACUUGUUUUGUCGAGUAUCUGCUCUUUUAUUAAAUGGGGCGCAUCCAGUUUUUGUUCUAGAAGGUAAAAUCCCUGAUUUGAAGCAAGAUACAUACAAGAAAAGGAAUUAUCAAGGAAAUAACAGCAGUGAUAAUGUAUCAAGACCAUAUUUUGAUAAAGUUCUAAAUCAGUGUCAUGAUUUGCUGAAGUCCUUAGGAGUACCCUGUAUCAAAAGUUCUGGUGAAGCUGAAGCUUUUUGUGCAUUUUUAUGUACUAAAGGGAUUGUUGAUGGUGUGAUCACAAAUGAUAAUGAUGCACUUUUAUAUGGAGCAGAUACAGUUUAUAGAGAUUUUUCUAUUGAUCCAAAAGAUCCCCAUAUGAAUAUGUAUUCUUUGAAAUCAGAAAAAAACAAGCUGCAGUUGAAUCAACAAAACUUAAUAGCAUUAGCAUUACUACUAGGAUGUGAUUAUGUAAGUGGUGUGCCAGGAGUUGGUAAAGAAGCUGCUUUGAAACUUUUCAAAGAACUUGAAGGUUGUGAUCUUCUGCAAAGAUUUCAGGAUUGGAAACAGAAAAGUGAAUCUGAGCUUUUUCCAGGAUAUGAAGCAGAUGUAAAAAAGAAAGAAACUCAUUGUACACGUUGUUCCCAUUUGGGAUCAACUACAAAGCAUAAGAAAGAAGGAUGUAACAUGUGUGACAGCAAAAUAACUUGCUACGAAACUGAUCCAGAAAAUCCAUGUAAAUGCAACUGGCAUAAAAACAAUGAUGUUAGACAAAAAAAGAAAAAUGAACUCAAAGUGUAUGCUGCUGCAAAAAACAUAUCUGACUUUCCUAGUGCUAAGGUUAUUGAAGAAUACAUGAAAUUUAAUGAUGAAAUUCCAGAUGAAGAUUUAUUAGACUGGCAAUGCCCAGAUUUAAGACAGUUUCAGGACAAAGCAUUCCACUACUUAGGUUGGACUUUUCAACAUAGUUUUGAAAAAUGUUUCCCUAUCAUCACAUCAUGGCAACAGUUUAAGCUGAGUAGAGGCAAUCACAUCAAUGAGAUAACACUGUUGUAUAAUCCCAUUCAAAUUUUGAAAGCCUGUACAGUCAAAGGAGAAGAUUGUUUAAAAGUGCAAUGGGUGCCAGUAGAUGGUGAUAAUUCUUCCGAUACAGAUGAAGAAAAUUUCUGCGCCAUAGAGUUUGAAAAUAGAUUCAAGAAAUCAUAUCCUAAUUUAGUUGAUGAGUAUUACUGUUCAAUAGAAAAAUCUAAACCUCAACCAAAAACUAAAUCCAAGAAAUUAGUCAAAGAACAGAAGACAAAGAUGACUGACUUCUUUUCUGUUAAAACCAAUACUGGAUCUGGGAAAUCAGAGAAAAUUAAUGUUAAAGAUUCUGAGGAUAGUGAAACAGGAACUCUAGAGCAAAAUGCUGAUGACUAUGAACCUGAUUGCAAGAAACAAUGUUUAACAAUAUAAUUUUAUAGAACUUUUUUAUAUAAUUUUUGUAUUUACAUCAAGUGUUAUGUAUUUUUUUUAAUGUACAGUUGCUUAAAAUGUAUGUUUUAUUCGGGUUUACAUAUUAUAUGUAAUCAACCUUUAUCAUGAUCAUCAGUAAUCAAAACUUCUUCUCGUAUUCAAGAAGUUUUAUUUGUAAAUAUUUUCUAAAAUUAGCUAGUCAUUUUUGGAUUAAAAUCAGAAGUCUCUCAGUUUAUAAAAGCUUAUUAUUUUUGUAACAUUUGUUCUGCUACUUCUUAAUUUAAAAUGUUAAUUACUCUACAUUGUUGAGCUAAUACAUUAUUUUUCCAUGUAAGUAUUAAAAACAGAUCUAAUUUUUUAAAUAAGUUUUAAAGGCAUAUUUUAUCUAAAAAUUGCUUAUUUUAUCCACAUGAAUUAUAAUUUGCUUUGAAUAUUCCACAUUAUUUCCAAAAUGUAGGGAAGAUGUGUGGAAAUUUGCUUAGAUUUUUUCUGUUCUCUGUAAACACUUAAUUUGGCAGAAGUAUAGUUUAUUUCUGCUGCUAAGUAGUGUUAUAGUUUGUAGCAAAUUACUCUUUAUAGGGAAUAUGACAUCUUUUGGGGGAAGUAAUCUAAUUUAUCUCAAAGUAUAGUUGAAAAGGCCAUUUCUGAAAUGUGUGUUUGUUGAACAGAAUUAUGACAUACUGAAGCAUAGAUGAAUCAAUAAAAUCUGUCUUAAGAUUUGCUUUGCCUGUUUAAAUAACUUGUAAUUUUAUAUAUUCUA